UUCAGUGGACUGGAGAAUAUUGGAUUAAGAGCCACGAUUGUGUUAAAAAAAAAGGAAUAAACAGCCCCAAGUUGAGGUUAGAGAAGCACAGAAUAAAACAGAGCUAAGAAAAAAAGGAUAGCAAAUAGAGUUGGGUUACAGGAUUGGGUGGGUUAGUAGAAUCAAGCUAGGAGAAGGAAUGCUACACUGGACAGUGAGAUGAGGGUAAUGGACAGAAUAUUAACACUUCUGGAGCAAAAGUGGGUGCGUAGGAAAGUUAAGGCAGGCCAGGGAACAGAAUAUUUGAGGUUGUGAGUUCUUGGGGUCAGUGGUAAUGAACAUAAAGGAUACCAUGCAGACAUCCCAGAAUCCUCAAGUGGAAGAGUAAGUAAGGGAUGUGUUCUAUUGGUGCUGCUACGUAGCACCCCAAACAGGUUCUUGCCUCUUCCCAUAGGCAUGGAUUUGGUAGCUGGUGCUUACAAUAAAACUCUUCACUGCAACCCGCAGACAGGCCACCCCCGUGCUGUCUGCGUUACAAUCAAGGAGAGACAGUUGUUUGGCCAAAAUUUUGGUAGAGAUGUUGAGGAGCAGGGGAGGGGAGAAAGGAUCCGGAGCCAAAGGAACAGACACUUGUACAACUAUCACCAAAAAGAUGUUUGCUGUCCUGGAAUAAGAAUCUCACCUCCUUACAGGAGUAGUCUUCCUCAGGAAAGCGAAACCCUGGAAGUGGAGCCUGACAAGCAAGAAGAGUUCUCAGCUCACAAAGAUAAUUCUGAGACGGGCAGUCCCGAGCGCAGGCUGGGCUGCCAGAGAACCCAGGAGCUGGAUAGCUCUUCCCAGUGGCUGGCUGACCAGAAUGAGGCCGGUUCCCAGCAUGCACUGGAGCAGGACACAAGCACUACAACCACAAACGAAGCUAUUGGGACGAGAGGCAAAGAGCAAGAGAGAAUUAAAAUGCAGAACAGUCCUACCCAACAGCACUAUGUGCUGCACACACAGGUAGAGUUGGAGAUUGCAUCGGACGGAAUGACGGGCAGCAACCCAGUGUCCCCAGCCUCAUCAGGCUCACCUGCCUCAAGUGGCAGCAUCUCACCACCACAUCUCACCCACGACUCCUCUCUGGACAGUCAUCUCGGCUUUGAUGGUCCUAAGGCACAGAACAAGACCCUGGUAUCUCAUGGGAUGUACACCUCCUCUGACCCGGCAAGCAUGUGGGACAAGACACAUGCUGAGAUUGCUGAACAGGCCAAGCACGAGGCAGAAAUUGAGAACCGCAUUGCUGAAAUGAAGAAGGAGGGUUUCUGGUCUCUGAAGAGGCUAUCCAAGGUGCCUGAGCCUGCCCGUCCCAAAGUGCACUGGGAUUAUCUUUGUGAGGAGAUGCAGUGGCUGUCUGCUGAUUUUGCCCAAGAGCGCCGCUGGAAGAGGGGAGUCGCAAGAAAGGUUGUGCGUAUGGUGAUUAGGCAUCAUGAAGAGCAGAAGCAGAAAGAGGAACGCGCCAAACGUGAGGAACAAGCCAAGUUGCGCCGCAUUGCCUCCUCCAUUGCCAAAGAGGUCAAGCAAUUCUGGAGCAAUGUAGAGAAGGUUGUUCAGUUCAAACAGCAGUCACGUCUGGAGGAGAAGCGAAAAAAAGCACUGGACCUACAGCUGGACUUCAUAGUAGGACAGACAGAAAAGUACUCGGACCUGCUGACCCAGAGCCUCAAUGAGACCCUUCCAGUUGCCAGCAAGACCAGCAGCUCCCAUGCUGGCUCUACUGCCUCUAGCCCGCCACCUCCCAGUCAGCUUAUUGAGGAUGAAGAUGGGGAUUUCCAACCCCACGAGGAGUCAGAUGAUGAAGAGACCAUUGAGGUGGAGGAGCAGCAGGAAGGGAAUGACUCAGAGACUCGGCAACGGGAGAUUGAACUGCUGAAGCAAGAGGGUGAACUGCCUCUAGAGGAACUACUGCAGUCACUGCCUCCCCAGAUCCUGGAGAACUCCUUCAGCAUGCCUCCUUGUGCCUCCAGCUCUGACAAUGAAGAAGAAGAGGAGGAUAGUGAAGAGGAAGAGGAACAGGAAGAAAAACAGAUCUCCAAGAAUCUAAAGGAAAAACCAAAGCCUGUUGCUCAAAGGAAUAAAAAACCUUGGAAGCCUGAUGAGGAUGAGGAGUUCACUGCCAACGAAGAGGAAGCUGAAGAUGAAGAAGAGACAAUAGAUGCAGAAGAAAAGCUGGAAGGGGACGUGGAUCACAGCAAAGAGCUGGAUGACCUGGCCAAGGAAGGUGAGCUGUCUAUGGAAGAGUUGCUGCAGAAAUAUGCUGGUGCCUAUGCCUCAGACUUUGAAAUGGAGGAGUCAGAUGCUUCAUCUGAGGCUUCAGAGCCUAGCACCUCUGAGUACGAAGAGGAGUCAGAAGAGGAGGACACCAGUAGCCAGUCGGAUUCCACCGAAGAGGGGGGGAGCGAACAGGAUGAAAGUGAAGAGGAGGUAGCCAUUGACGAAGAAGCUUCAGUGAGCCAGGAGGAGGAUUUUGGUGUUGAGUAUCUGCUGAAGCAGGAUGAGGAUCGUGGAGGUGAGGGAGAAAAUGACUCUGCUCCAACCCCAGGGCCCAAGAAGGAAAUCACUGACAUUGCAGCGGCAGCAGAGAGCCUGCAGCCCAAAGGCUAUACCCUGGCUACUACACAAGUUAAGACACCCAUUCCCUGUCUGCUGCGAGGGACUCUGCGAGAAUAUCAGCACAUUGGGCUGGACUGGUUGGUCACCAUGUAUGAGAAGAAACUCAAUGGUAUUCUGGCUGAUGAGAUGGGGCUUGGCAAAACAAUCCAGACCAUCUCCCUGCUAGCUCAUCUGGCCUGUGAAAAGGGUAGCUGGGGACCCCACCUGAUCAUUGUUCCCACCAGUGUCAUGCUGAACUGGGAGAUGGAGAUCAAGCGUUGGUGCCCCAGUUUCAAGAUCCUCACUUACUAUGGGGCACAGAAGGAGCGUAAGCUGAAGCGGCAGGGUUGGACCAAACCCAAUGCCUUCCAUAUCUGCAUCACCUCAUACAAGCUGGUGCUGCAGGACCACCAGGCCUUUCGGCGCAAGAAUUGGAAGUAUCUGAUCUUGGAUGAAGCUCAAAAUAUCAAGAACUUUAAAUCCCAGCGCUGGCAGUCUUUGCUUAACUUCAACAGCCAGAGGCGGCUGCUGCUGACUGGGACUCCUCUCCAGAACAGUUUAAUGGAACUGUGGUCCCUCAUGCACUUCCUGAUGCCUCAUGUCUUCCAGUCGCACCGUGAAUUCAAGGAAUGGUUUUCCAACCCUCUGACAGGCAUGAUCGAAGGUAGUCAGGAAUACAAUGAGAACCUAGUCAAGAGGCUGCACAAGGUGCUGCGGCCCUUCCUUUUGCGGAGGGUGAAAGUGGACGUAGAGAAGCAAAUGCCAAAGAAAUACGAGCAUGUCAUCAAGUGCCGGCUUUCCAAGCGCCAGCGUUAUCUCUAUGAUGAUUUCAUGGCCCAGGCUACCACGAAGGAGACCUUGGCCACAGGGCACUUCAUGAGUGUCAUCAACAUCCUGAUGCAGCUUCGCAAAGUCUGCAACCACCCCAACCUCUUUGACCCACGGCCCAUCCACUCGCCGUUUAUCACGGAGGGUAUCUGCUUCAACACAGCCUCUCUUGUCCUGCAUGCCCUUGAUAACGACCCUUUCAAGCAUGUGGACUUGGGAAUUUUUGACUUGAUCAACCUGGAGGGCCGGGUUUCCCGUUAUGAGACGGACACAUUCCUGCCGAAGUGGAAGGUGACAAGGAAGCUGAUUGAGGAGAUUGCUGAGUCCCCUGAUCCUCCUCCCAGACCAAAGCCAGUCAAAAUGAAAGUGAACAGGAUGCUGCAGCCUAUGCCCAAGCCAGAGAACCGUACUGUGGUGCUGGUGAAUAAUCCUCGUCCUGCAGCCCCUCUACAGCGACCCUUGGCCCCUCUGCUUCCGGAGCCACUGACCCCUGCUCUAGCUCCCAUUCAUCACGCAGGUCCAGUGUUGCCAGGAUCUGUGCAGUCUCCCGUCUCAGUCUCUCUCCCUGUGCCACCUUCUCCAGUGACCAUGUCAAUACCAGUGCCUCCUUCUGGCAGACCGCAGACCCCAACUCUAGUGCCUACUCUGAGCCAGAACAACACAGCUGCUGCUCUGCUACAUGCCCAGGCCUCUGCUCCACAAGUUCUGCCCGUGGCGAUGACUGCUGCUCAGCUGAUCCCAAACGCUCCUCGUCCUCUCUUACCACCUACUCCUGUUUCCCCCACCACAAUGACAAUGACCACCUCUUCACUUAAGCCUGGUAUAGUGCCAGCUCCUGUGGGGCAGUUGCAGGCCUCCAGCACCCUGGCUGUGCCCGGCAUGGGGCAGCCGCAGGUGCCCAGCACCCUGGCCAUGCCCAGUGUGGGGCAGCCGCAGGCACCCAGCACCCUGGCCAUGCCCGGUGUGGGGCAGCCACAGGCGCCCAACACCCUGGUCAUGCCUGGUGUGGGGCAGGUGCCCAGCACCCUGGCCAUGUCCAGCCUGGGGCAGCCGCAGGCCCCCAGCACCCUGGCCAUGCCCGGCGUGGGGCAGCCACAGGUGCCCAGCACCCUGGCCAUGCCUGGUCUGGGGCAGCCGCAGGCACCCAGCACCCUGGGCAUUCCCAGUGUAGGGCAGCCACAGGCCCCCGGGGCCCUGGCCGUGCCUGGUCUGGGGCAGCCGCAGGCCCCCGGCGCCCUGGCCAUGCCUGGUCUGGGGCAGCCACAAGCCCCCAGCCCCCUGGCCUUUCCUGGUGUAGGGCAGCCGCAGGCCCCCAGCCCCCUAGCCUUGCCUGGUGUGGGGCAGCCACAGGUCCCCAGCCCCCUAGCCAUGCCUGCCACGAGCCAGCAGUCCACCAGCACCAUGGGUUCAAGCACUGUUGGGAUGAUGAAGCCUAUGAACAUCCAUUCUGCUGUACCCACCUUGCCUGGCUACAACUUUGCAACUGCUGGAGCUCUGCAGCAAAGACUUCUCCUGUCCCCGGAUAUGCAGGCACGGUUGCCUUCAGGUGAAGUAGUAAGCAUUGGGCAACUUGCAUCGCUCGCCAACCGGCCCCUUCAAAGUGCUCCAGGCAGCAAACCCCUCACCUUCCAAAUCCAAGGCAACAAGCUGACCUUGACGGGUACUCAGGUGCGCCAGGUCACUAUGCCUCAGCCAGCCAGACAGCUGCCAAGGAAUGUAGUUCACCUGGUGUCUGCUGGGGGGCAGCAUCACAUCAUCAGCCAGCCAGCACAGGUGGCUUUGAUCCAGGCCAUGGCCCAGCAGGCAGGGCAGGCCCCUGUUGGGGUGCAGGCUGUGCCAGGCCACCAGCCUCCCACCAUUCUGCCUGUCCCCGCUACCAGCACAGCCGCUUCAGCAGUUGCCUCCACGGCAACCAUCAGUGUCCCCAUUGCUGCCACCCAAGUGCCCUCUUCGGCAGUGAACAGCUCUGGGGUGGUGAAGAUAGUAGUGCGACAAGCCCCUCGAGAUGGACUGGUGUCCCCCUCUCCUGGCCCACAGCAACCACCUCUGCGCCCUGCUACACCAACAACUGCCACUGCUUUGCCUGGCCUUCCGGCAGCUCUGAUGGCCCAACGAACCCCACUCCCCAUGAAUCCUAUGCCACCAGUCAGGCUACCCACUCAGCCACAGAUGCCGCUGCGCUCACCCACACCAGCUCCCCUGCAAGCUCUUGUGAAGCCCACGCUCCGAAUGGUACAGGCUCCAAACCCCAGCAUGGAGCAACAGCUGGUAUCAGCUUCCCUGCCUCCCUCAAUGGCUUCGUUCACUGUCACCCCAGCUGCCAGUAUAGCUGUCAGCACCUCCCCCACCCUGGCUCCCCAGACUGCGUCAAGCCCAGUGCCCAAGGAGGAACCAGAGAUGCUAAUGCUCCGCUCCACAACACCUACUCCACCUCCCCCUUCGCUCCUUGCUCCACGGCCAAGGCGACAGCCCCCUCCCCCACCCCGGUCACCCUUCUAUCUGGAAUCACUUGAAGAGAAGCGGAAGAAGCAGAAGGAGGAGCGCCUGGACCGGCUCUUCCGCCUCAACGAGCAGCACUGCAACCUUGUGCCUAUGUAUGGCACAGAGGUGCUACGCUUUUGUACCCUCUUCCCCCCUGCCCCUGCCUUGUGGAGGAAUGAGGAGGAGGAAAGUGAGGAGCAAGUGGUGGCUUGUCAGGACAUCGAAGCGAAGGGCUGGAGAGGAGCUAGCUAUGCACACUGCUAUGCAGCUCAAGUACAAAGGGAUCCCCAGAGCCUCGAGGCCUACUGGCAGCGGUCAGAGGUCUUGGCCCAGGCGAUCCUGACACCCCAGCAACGCAUCGAACAACUGACAGACAUUAUAGAGAGGUUCAUUUUCGUUAUGCCUCCUGUGGAGGCUCCUGCCAUCACCAUGCACACCUCUCACCCGCCCCCAUCGCUCCUGCUCCAGCAGGCUGUCUUCAAGGAGACACUACGCCAAGAGCUCUCACCGCAUGCCAGUUGCCUGCAUCGCAUUGUCUGCAACAUGAGGACUCAGUUCCCAGACCUCCGCCUCAUCCAGUAUGACUGUGGGAAGCUGCAGACGAUGGACAUUCUGCUGCGGCAGCUUAAGGCUGGAGCCCAUCGUGUCCUCAUCUUCACCCAGAUGACCCGCAUGUUGGAUGUGCUGGAGCAGUUCCUCAAUUACCACGGACACAUCUACCUGCGGUUGGAUGGUAGCACUCGUGUAGAGCAGCGGCAGGCACUGAUGGAACGUUUCAACGCGGACAAGCGCAUCUUCUGUUUCAUCCUGUCAACACGCAGCGGGGGCGUGGGGGUGAAUCUGACAGGUGCUGAUACUGUGGUGUUCUAUGAUAGCGACUGGAACCCCACUAUGGAUGCCCAGGCCCAAGACCGCUGCCACCGUAUCGGGCAGACACGGGAUGUUCACAUCUACAGAUUGAUUAGUGAAAGGACAGUGGAGGAAAAUAUCCUGAAGAAGGCUAAUCAGAAGAGGAUGCUGGGAGAUAUGGCCAUUGAGGGCGGUAACUUCACCACAGCCUAUUUCAAACAGCAAACCAUCCGCGAUCUGUUUGAUAUGCCGCUGGAUGAACCAGGCAAGAAAGAAGGAGAAGCCCCAGUUCUAGUACAGGAGGAAGAAGAGGACCCCAUGGCCACCAAGCAGGCACAAAUUCUGGAGCAGGCACUGUGCAGAGCGGAGGACCCUGAGGAUAUCCGUGCAGCCUCCCAAGCCAAGGCAGAACAAGUGGCUGAGCUGGCAGAGUUCAAUGAGAACAUCCCCUUGGACACAGAAGACAGACCCAGCAGGGAAGAGGAGGAGGAGAUGUCUAAGGCGGAGCAGGAAAUUGCUUCACUGGUAGAACAGCUCACUCCUAUUGAACGCUAUGCCAUGAACUUCCUGGAGGCGUCUCUGGAAGACAUCAGUCGAGAAGAAUUGAAGCAGGCAGAGGAACAGGUGGAAGCUGCCCGCAAAGACAUUGACCAGGCGAAAGAUGAGGUGGUCUUCAAGCUGCCAGAAGAUGAAGAUGAGAGCUUGCUUACAGAGGAAGGCUCCAGUAAGAAGAGCAAGAAGGCCAAGAUUUCCAGCCGCACAGGCACCCGCAUGAGCGAAAGGUUGCGUAGCACACGCCAGAUGGUGCGUGACGGGGACAGUGGAGAUGCAGAGUCCCCCCAGGCGAGGUUGCCCAAUCUCCGACAUUCCCGGGUAGCAACUGAAGAGGAGGAUGACGGUUUGCCUCAAGUGGCCCAACACACACGAGGUGCUGCUGUACGAAGGGAGCUGGUGCGGGAUGAAACACCAGCACAUCCUGUCCUGCAUGCUCGGAGGACUGUGGUUCGCCGAGAGGAGAUGUGGACUAAACCCCCAACCACUGGCGAAAGGGUACAGAAGACAGCCCCACACAGAACUGAGGCAUUAGCUCCCAGGGAUAGGGUUUUAAGAAUAACUCCCCACAGGACAGACAUCCCACCUGCUGCGGAGAAAUUACAACGAGUUACUCCACCAAAGCCAGAUCUAGGUGCUGCUGGUGAUAGGAUGCUAAGAGGCACCAUAGCAAGAACAGAGACCCAGCCUACUGGAGACAGGCUGCACCGAGGUGCCCCACAGAGAACAGAUACUGUUUUGGAUCAAAUGCUGAGGCCAGGCCAGCAGAAACCUGAGAAACCCCUUGGGGCGGAUAAUCUCCAGAUCAGCCCUGUUAGGCCUGAGGCACCAGCAUCUGAGGCACAGAUCCCCCAGCUCCAUCCACAGGGACUUGAUAGAGAGGCAGUCAAAUUAAAAGCGGAUUUAAGAGAGCAGAAAGAAGAAGAGAUUUCCCCUCUCCCCCCAUCAUCCCAUGAAUUCCAAGCCUCCAAGGAUGCCUCACAUAUUGGGGUACUAGCAUGUCAGGCACAAGAUGGUACAGUGUCUGAGAAGAAGCUGAUGAAUAUACAGACACCAUCUGACACACAGAAGGCCGUUCUGAAGAUUUCAGAGAAGGCACCAGUCCCAAUCGCUUCAGUUAACCCUGUAGAACCAGCAUGCAAGAGCAAACUAAAGGAUUCACAUGUAGGCCUCACUGUGGGGAUGCAGGAGGAGUGCCCGUCCAAGCCACAGGAAGAAACUGGUAAGAGCACCAGUUGCAGCAGUGCAGAGCAGCAUGAAUCACUGAACUCUGUGGAUGAUGCACUAAAGCAGGAAGCUCAAGAGAAAGUUGAUCGGACAGUGUCUGAGGGAGCCAUCUCUCAAAGCUCAGAGGACACCCCUCUGGAAAACACAGGCGGAGCAAAGCCUGAGUUGAUUAGGGAAGCCACCAAGGUUGAGGUGCCUGUGCUGACUUCCCCAGAUCACUCUGUAGCAGCUGCUGGGCAUGUCCCUCAACUGGAAAUUCUGCCUUAUGUCAAAGAACAAAAUGGCUUGGCGCAGCCUCCCAGAACUGGCGACUUGCCUUGUCCCAUUUCAAACUCUCUGAAUGAGCCCAAGCCUAAGAUGUCACCUCCAGAGACCAUACCACCAACACCAGAGCCAGCUAGUAGUGAAACCAGCAGCCUCAAGGAAUCACUGAAGCAGGGACAAGUAGGGAAGCAGUUGCUUGGGGACGACUUGCGAAACAAAGAAGCUGAGGUUCCAGCUAGCUGCCCAGGAGCUGACUCCUUACAAGAAAGUCCAUUAGCUGCUGUAAUCUCUCCAGGAGCUCUGUCUUCAGAUGAGAACCCCUCACCAGUCAGAGUGCCCCGCCGUCGAACCAGUGCUGAUGUACUGAUCCUUCAGAGCUGUCAGGGCAAAGAUGGGCCUGCUGCCAAAGUCUUGCGCAAGUUGCCGGGGCGUUUGGUUACUGUGGUGGAGGAGAAAGAGCUGAUCCGCCGGCGACGUAACCGUACACGCAGACUGGAUGCUGCUAGCAGUGCCAUGUUGAGUCCCAGCAACAGCUCAGCCCAGAGUGUGUCAGAGCCAGAGACUUCCCCCUCUGGCAAAGAGUUGCCAUCGCUCCGUGACUUGCCUGCCCGUCGGAGAAUUGAACUGGAGAGUCGAGCUGCAGCCAAGGUGAAAGAUGAAUGUUCAAGAGAAGAGCUGCUUGUUAAUGCUUCCACUGAGCCUGUCAAACGCAAACGAGGACGUCCCCCCAAGAACAAGUUCCCUGAGCAGCAGAGUUCAGGCUUGCCACAGCCCUUACUUGAGCCAGCCCUGGAAAUCAACCCCCAAAGCAAGGCACUGGAGAAGAAGGUACUGGAGCUCCAACCCCAAAAUAAGGCACUGGAGAGAAAAACACCUGAAACGAUCUGUGCAAAGAGGGAGUCUCCCAAGAGUAAGAUUCAGAGUAGCAAGAAUGACUCACCUGUAGAAAAGCGAAGGCGUGGCCGGCCUCCCAAGGUACGGGAAUCCCCUGUCAUGCCUCCCAAGCCUGCUUCUGAUACGCUGCCAGCCACACUUAAAAAACCUCUGAUCACAGAACUAUCCCCUAAGGUGCCAGAGCAGUUGAACACACCUGUUGGACCUGCCCCAGUGACAGAGGCAACGCCUAGGGUUCAUGAAUCAGUAGUCAUUCAUCCUAAAUCAACUUCCAUCUCAAAAAGCUCCCCUAAGGGACGGAACCGUAUGGCCACCCAUCCCAAACUCACAUCAAAAUCUGUUCCUAAGGCCAGGCCUCCAAAACCUCUUUCUAAAUCAUCCACAAAUGUGAGGAAACCGCUUGCUAUUCCACCUGCAACACAGGCUUCCCCAGAGGCACAAGGGCCGCUGCUGCCUCCACCGUGCAUGCUACCCCAGACCGCCUUUACUCCCCCAUCAGCAGAAUCUCCACCCAAGCGGAAGAGGGGCCGCCCUCCGAAGAACUCGCCCUCUCCUUGUGUAGAGGUAGCACAACCUCCGCCUUCAACCUCUGACCAAGAGACCUCCAUAGAGAACCAGGCCCCAGCUCCUCCAGUUCGCAAGCGUCGGAGGCGAAGGAGAAAGGAUGAACUGGGCCCCGCAUUGCCUAGUGUCAACCAGAGCUCAUCUGAGGGUGAGGAUGCCCGCCCACUGACAAGACUAGCUCUGCUCAAGCGAGAGGAAAAGCCGGAGUUGACCAGUGAGGGUGUAGUUCAGCCUUCCCCAAAGCAUGUUGUCACUGAGGGUCUGUCAUCAGCAGAGAGCAGUACUUGGGAACAGCCUUCUAGUGACACCCCCUCCCGUUCUACACGUCUCCGGCCUGGCAGUCUUGUUCCACCACUGGAACGGGAGACCCAGCGACGGAAGCGGCGCUGCUCCUUGGAAGGCAGUCGGAGGAGCAACAGCAGCAAGUCUCCUGCCCCCCAAGCUGUCUCUGAGCAAGAAGGUGGAGAGUCGGAGUCUUCCCUGCGAUCCUCUUCUGAGUCAAGUGGUAACAAGUGUGUCCAGCAGCCCAAGCGCCAAUGCCGUGAAUCUGCAGGGGCCCGUGGCAGAGGGAGGGGCCAGCGGCACCACGGUGGCUUGGCUGACCGCGUUCUCCGUAGUGCGGCUAAGCCUGCCGAGAACACCCGCUCGGCCUCCUCCCCCAUCCCCUCGCGGAAAGCGGCCUCUGCUUCUGCUAACACCCCACCUGGGGCAGUUGUGGGAGUGCCCUCAACUGCCACCUCCCCAGCUGCUCCAGUUACCUCUUCGCUAAGUAACAGAGGCCGCAAGCCCAAGACGUGACCACAAUGAAAGGAGUUAUGAUGUAACUUCUCUAUGGGGAUGGGUCAGUGGCCGUUUCUUCCCCUGCACAUAUCCUAAGCAGAUUCAGCCUCCGCCCUCUUUACUCUUCCCCUUUACAUUGGGGCAGCAGAAGGGGCUCAUGUUGUACCCACACAGCUCCCUGCAUUCCAGACUUGACUGUUAGAGUACUACUUGAACGGAGGACGGUGAGCACAGUUCAUUCCCUGUUGUUCUCUGAGUGGGGCGCAGGGACACUCCUGCUGAAGUAUCUAGCCACCUGGGUAUGUAGCUCAGCUGUUCCGUCACCAUGGGAGGUGGCACGGCCAGCACUUUCUCAAUGAAUUCUGCUACUUUCCUGAUGGGUGGGGGAGCAGCUCCGAGAGUUACACUACAGGGCUCACAUCAUCCCUGAACGCCCCACCAAUUCAGUACCACUUUGGGCUUUCUAGGCGCUUGCAUCCUUUUUUUGGGGUCACCUUUUGGGGUUAUGUGUCUGCCCUUUUUUCUCCCCCCACUUCCCUCUCCUCCCCCAAAGUAACAUAAGGGAUGCCUCCUGAUUUAUAACACAGCUAGCUCUUACUUUUUUAAAGGCUUUGGGUUGGUUUUUAAAUGACAGUGACCAAAUGCUGGCUUUCUCCCUCUCGAUUGUCCCCACGGCUUAUUCCAUUCUCCGCUCGGAGCCUCUUGAGGCACAAGGUGGUGGGCCAGUGGAGUCCUCACAAUGAGGUGCGAGGCUGCCCCAGGGAAGGUGGUGCCUCCACUGCUUGCACCGCUGCUCACACAUUCACACGCACCAGGAGAAACUGUCUUAUUUUUAAUGAUGUAUAUUGCAGUCUCACUGCUUUGAGGACUUGGUGGGUAUCUCCGUUUGCUCAGAUCCCUCGCCCCUUCCUCUCGCCCCUUACUCUGUGUACAGCUCUUGUUGUAAAAUAGGUUCUUUUGAACAUAAUCUAUGCAAAGGUUAUUUUGUAUAGGGGAGCACAAUGUUCCCUCCCCUCCCCCACCGCAGCGGGAUAAAGGGGUGGCAGUGAUUCUCUGGUUUUGGGGAGGGGAUGCAGUUGGGGUGGAGGGGGAGGUGUUCCCAUGGAGCUGUCUUUCCUACUGAAGCAUGUUCAGAACUUGUACAGAAGACCGAUGUAAUCUUUCUUCAGAAUAAUGCUAUGAAUAAAGUGUUAAAAAAAGAAAAACCAACAGCACACC